CGCCAUGGAACUCCUGGAGCACAGAGCACGGGCAGGAGCGGCCGCUUCCAGGGAGCCCAGGCCCGCAUCACAAAGGGCCCCGGAAGCAGAAGCGAAGAAGCCGCUGCUGUCCCGAAGGAGCCCACCCUGCUCGGCCAGCUCCUGGACACCUAGACCCAGCCUGCAGGGACCCGCCAUCGGCGGCCACUCCCGGGGAACGAAGAUGUUGACUGAUGUCUCCGCCGUGGGGGGCGCCCGUCAAGGUGCAGUGACCCCGACAGAGGGAGCCCCCGACCCCGUGCAGCUGACGUUGUCGGGGACAACAGGAGUAGAAAUGCCUCCCAUCGGGAGCCUGCCGAUGGGGAAGCCCGAGAGCGCGGCGAGGAUGGACAGAGCCGGCCCCGCGGGCCGCGGGCGCCCAGGCUUCCUGGAGGGCGCGCUGCUGCUGCUGCUGCUGACCGGGGCCCUGGGGGCCCUGGGCGUCCUCUACACCGCCAGCAGAGGGAAGCCACUGCCACCCCUUGCUAGCCGGCUGCACUUCUCAAAGGAAGAGAAGACCAUUGUAAAACGCAAAGCCCGAGCCGCCCUGGAGGCCCAAGACGUGAAGGAAAUCUGCACUAGCCCCGGCUGCGUGAUGGCAGCCGCCAGGAUCCUCCAGAACAUGGACCCGUCCAAGGAACCGUGUGACGACUUCUACGAGUACGCCUGUGGAGGCUGGCUGCGGCGCCACGUGAUCCCCGAGACCAACUCCAGAUACAGCGUCUUCGACAUCCUCCGUGACGAGCUGGACGUCAUCCUCAAAGCGGUGCUGGAGAACACCACCAGCCAGGACCGGCCGGCCGUGGAGAAGGCCAAGCUGCUGUACCGCUCCUGCAUGAACGAGAGUGAGUGCGGGCAGGAGGGCUCCCAGCCUGUGGCCACCGGCCUGGCCCUGGGUGGAUCUCCUUCGUGGGGCACUGACUCUCCAGGCCUCGAGUGGGAGCUGGAGCGGCAGCUGGCGCUGAUGAACACACAGUUCAACAGGCGUGUCCUCAUCGACCUCUUCAUCUGGACGGACGACCAGAACUCCAGCCGGCACAUCAUCUACAUAGACCAGCCCACCCUGGGCAUGCCGUCCCGGGAGUACUACUUCAACGAGGGCGGCAACCAGAAGGUGCGGGACGCCUACCUGCAGUUCAUGGUGCUGGUGGCCACGAUGCUGCGCAAGGACGCGGGCCUCUGUAGGAACAACCGCCUGGUGCGGCAGGACAUGGAGGAGGUGCUGGAGCUGGAGACCCAGCUGGCCAACGCCACGGUACCCCAGGAGGAGAGGCACGACGUCACGGCCCUGUACCACAGGAUGGCACUGGAAGAGCUCCAGAGCCAGUUCGGCCUGAAGGGAUUUAACUGGACACUCUUCAUACAAACUGUGCUGUCCUCCGUGAAAAUCAAGCUGCUGCCCAACGAGGAGGUGGUGGUCUACGGCAUCCCCUACCUGCGGAACCUCGAGCACAUCAUCCACACCUACUCGACCAGGACCAUGCAGAACUACCUGGCCUGGCGCCUGGUGCUGGACCGCAUUGGCAGCCUGAGCCAGAGGUUCAAGGACGCACGCGUGAACUACCGCAAGGCGCUGUACGGCACGACGGUGGAGGAGGUGCGCUGGCGAGAGUGCGUGGGCUACGUCAACAGCAACAUGGAGAGCGCCGUGGGCUCCCUCUACGUCAUGCAGGCAUUCCCUGGAGAGAGCAAGGACAUGGUUGGAGAACUCAUUGACAAGGUGCGGGCCGUGUUUGUGGAGACGCUGGACGAGCUGGGCUGGAUGGACGAGGAGUCCAGGAGGAAGGCCCAGGAUAAGGCCAUGAGUAUCCGGCAGCAGGUCGGCUACCCCGACUACAUCCUGCAGGAGAAGAACAAGCGCCUGGACGAGGAGUAUUCCAAUCUGAACUUCUCAGAGGACCUGUACUUUGAGAACAGCCUCCAGAACCUCAGGGCAGGUGCCCAGCGGAGCAUAAAGAAGCUUCGAGAAAAGGUGGACCAGAAUCUCUGGAUCAUCGGGGCCGCCGUGGUCAACGCGUUCUACUCCCCAAACCGAAACCAGAUUGUGUUCCCUGCCGGCAUCCUGCAGCCCCCCUUCUUCAGCAAGGAGCAGCCGCAGGCCUUGAACUACGGGGGCAUUGGGAUGGUGAUCGGGCACGAGAUCACGCAUGGCUUCGACGACAAUGGCCGGAACUUUGACAAGGACGGCAACAUGAUGGAUUGGUGGAGUAACUUCUCAACCCAGCACUUCCGCGAGCAGUCCGAGUGCAUGAUCUACCAGUACGGCAACUACUCCUGGGACCUAGCGGACGAUCAAAAUGUAAACGGAUUCAGCACCCUCGGGGAAAACAUUGCUGACAACGGAGGGGUACGGCAGGCCUACAAGGCGUACCUAAAGUGGGUGGCGGAAGGUGGCAAGGACCAGCAGCUGCCCGGACUGCAUCUGACCUACGAACAGCUUUUCUUCAUCAACUAUGCCCAGGUGUGGUGCGGGUCCUACAGGCCCGAGUUCGCCGUCCAGUCCAUCAAGACUGAUGUGCACAGCCCCCUGAAGUACAGGGUGCUGGGAUCGCUGCGGAACUUGGGCGCCUUCGCCGAUGCCUUCCGGUGCGCCCGAGGCACCCCCAUGCACCCCAGGAAGCGAUGCCGCGUCUGGUAGCCAAGGCCGAGCCGAGCUGAGCUGCGCGGCCCACGCCCACCGGCCGCCGGGAGGCGCCCGCGGAGACAAGGUGCCGCGGGGACCGCGUUCGCCCCACGCCCGGCCUGGAGCGCAGCCGCCGCCGCCGGACUCCCGGGUGAGCGGUGUCCAGCGCGGCGCCCCUCCGCGCACGCCCGCCGGGCCGGCGUCCCGUCGCAGCCCAGUAGACGCGACCAACUGUCUUCCGCCCACUCUCCAAGCGCGUGCUCCCCGAAUGUCCGGAGCUUCAGACUUGAGCUAAGUAAACGCUUCAAAGAAG